GUUGUGUACACAGUUAGAUUUAAUAUCGGCGUUCUGUCACUACUUCCUAGUCAUUUCGGUGUGCGGUAUGGCUUUUUGUCGCCUUUAAGGUGGAUUCCCACUGCUGAAUCGGUUAUUCGGCUCAAACGUUGGCUAGCUUGAAGAAGAUGAGCAUCAACUAAAAAGAGUGAAUGAUAACAUCAAAGGUGAAGAACUGCUCAUUGACCAAAUAGCAUUAGCAAGAGGAAUGCCCAUGUUUGAGGGCACUUUAAUUUACUAGUGACAUGUUUUAUGAUACUUUCGAGAUGCGAUACUGUUGUGUGCCUUUGUGCCCAAAUAAAACAACAAUUAAUAAGAAUAUAAAGUUCUAUCGCAUUCCAAAAGAUAAAAAGUUGAGAAAGUGCUACGACAUCGCUAUAAGGAACAAACAUUUGAAGGUAGAUUCACCACAUACUAGAAUUUGUAGCCAACAUUUUGAAGGUGGGAAGAGAUUGAACAACACAGUCAUUCCAACCAUUUUUUUAUGGACAAAGGAAAACAAACCAAGAAAACUACCCACUGUUAGACAAUUGUCUUUAAAGACAGAUACAGCAAAAACAAUCCAAGUUUCUCUGUCGGAUUUUGUGAAAUCCACUGACAUCGGAGUCCAAACCGAGAGGCAACAAUGUGAGCGUGGUAACGAGAUUGCCCAGCUGAAGAAAGAACUCGGUGAAUGCCAUAUGAAUUUAAUGAAAACUCAAUCAGAAUUUGACCAUAAUCGCUAUGUUAGCGUUAAGAGUAAGUUUUGCAUUGAAAAAUUUCGAGACUGUGACAGCGAAAUUUGUUUCUACACUGGCUUUCCAGAUUUUGACAGAUUUGCAAUUUGCUUUGAAUACUUAAAGCCGUCUAUCAAAUGCUUGCCAACAUGUACUUCUUUGGCCAGACAGAAACUGACUCCCAUCAAACAGUUUUUCUUGGUAAUGUGCAGACUGCGACUUGGUCUUCUCGAGAAUGAUUUGGCUGAAAGGUUUGGCAUCAGCCAAUCAUCUGUAUCCAAAAUAUUCUCAGGGUGGAUUAAUAUGAUGUACUUUGAGUUAAAGGAGAUUGACAUAUGGCCUUCUCGAGAACGCAUCAAUGAAACAAUGCCAGAAUGUUUCAAGGCAUCCUACCGCUCAACGAGAAUAAUCAUUGAUGCUACUGAAAUCCAAAUGGAGAAACCAUCUGCACCAGACAUGCAGUCUGUAACAUUCUCAAACUACAAAAGUCGCAACACAGUGAAAGUUCUCAUUGGCAUUACCCCAAGUGGAGCAGUGUCUUUUGUUUCUGAUCUCUUAACAGGUUCAGUGUCCGAUAAAGAGCUUACAUCUUUAUCUAACCUCCCAAGUAAACUGGAAACUGGUGAUGGAGUCAUGGCUGAUAAGGGGUUUGACAUCCAAGAUUUGUUGGCGCCAGUUGGAGCAACAUUGAACAUUCCACCCUUUAUGGAAGGAGGCCAGCAAAUGUCUGUGCAAAAUGUCAUAAAAACGCGUAACAUUGCAUCUCUACGUAUACACAUUGAGAGAUGCAUGGAACAAAUCAAGAACUUCCAUAUCUUUGACAGACCAAUUCAAGUAUCCACUUGCAGUAUUGCAAAUCAAAUUGUCUUUGUUUGUGCAUUACUUACAAAUUUCAGAAGGCCGUUGCUAGUUUAAAGGGUUAUUUGGUGAAAAUUAUUUGGUGUACUGGUUGAAAAUUUAGUGUACUGGGUGCAAAUUUAUAAAUUCCAUUUCUUAUGCUUGACAACCAGCGGCCUGUUCUGUGAGAUAAAAACAGGAAGUCAUUUUCACAAAAACAAAACCAAUGCUUUAAUUAAGAAGAUCAUACGUUUAAUUUUGCCACUCUGACAUCACAUAAGUUCUCAUGAGAAAAGUUGCACAAACUUCUAUAGUGUCGAAACACCAUCAGAUUUGAUUUAAAAAGGUAGUCAGUUGUACAGUAAAGUAAAUAUGACGUACCCAGUGGACUGGGCUUAAUGGAUAUCAAUCUACAUACUGUAUUAAAUGUUCACUCUCGUCAUUCCAGCUUGUCAAAGAGGUAAGGGUGCGUGUGGACACUGGACCAUUUUAUCUGUUGAAAGUAGGUUGUGGAUUACAUUGUGUGCAUCCUUUUCUAAACAAGUUGGCUACAAGGGUGAACCUUAAAUAUUAUUGUUCAUUAUUUAUUUUAUGACUAUAAUAAUGUUGAUUAAAAUUGACUUAAAAACCAUCAAAUGACAAGGAUCUAUGUGUGAGUUAAAUCAAACAAAUACUGAACGCUUUUAAUUUGUAACAAUGUCACAGAAUGUAUUCCUUUGGUGACAUUUGGACUUUUCUAUUUCACCUUGUCAUAAUAUUCCAUGACAUUGUACUCGUGCAUCCAUAUUAACCUUCCUACUCUUGGUAAACUUUUCCAGUGCAUUCUGAUCAAGAGCAUUCAACUUGCUGUACU